AAAUGAAUUAAAAUGAUUUUUAUUAGUAUAAUAGUAUGAGUGUUUAUUUUUAUAUUCAUUUCUUGUGUUUUGUUUUACUCAUAAAUUGAAAAGAAUUUAACAAAAGAGAACAACAGAACAGAAUUGGUAUAAGAAUUUAAUUCUUAAUUUUUAACCAAACAAUCAACCAACAAAAAACCACUCAUAUAUCAACUAUUUUUAUUUUAUUUUUUACUACACACUACAAACCGAACAAUCAGAACGUAGAUAAACUUAAUCAGUAAUUUUCUUCGGUGAAAAGAAACAUUAAAGCAGAAAAGUUAUUAAGUUUUUAAGUUAUUUUGUGGAUUUACAAAGAAGUUUUUUUAGAGGAAAAUUUAAUAGAAGAAGAAAACGUCAUGGUUAAAUUCUACAAGGUGACAAUAAAUCGCACAGAAUGGGAAAUACCAGAAAUCUAUCAACAAUUGCAGCAAGUAGGCUCUGGUGCUUAUGGACAGGUGUGCAAGGCCCUGGUAAAAGGUACAAACAUGUAUGUCGCCAUUAAGAAAUUGGCACGCCCUUUUCAAUCGGCGGUCCAUGCCAAACGUACUUAUCGAGAAUUGAGACUACUCAAACACAUGGAUCAUGAAAAUGUCAUUGGGCUAUUAGAUGUCUUUCAUCCGCAUCCCCCCAAUGUGACCUUGGAAAAUUUCCAACAGGUGUACUUGGUUACCCAUCUAAUGGAUGCCGAUCUAAACAAUAUUAUAAGGACACAACGGCUGUCCGACGAACAUGUGCAGUUUUUGGUUUAUCAAAUAUUACGUGGUCUCAAAUACAUACACAGUGCUGGCAUUAUUCAUCGUGAUUUGAAACCAUCUAACAUUGCUGUAAAUGAGGAUUGUGAAUUGAGAAUUUUGGAUUUUGGCCUGGCCCGGCCAACAGAAAGUGAAAUGACCGGUUAUGUGGCAACACGUUGGUAUCGUGCCCCCGAAAUUAUGCUGAACUGGAUGCAUUACAAUUUGACGGUUGAUAUUUGGUCGGUGGGUUGUAUUAUGGCUGAAUUACUUACUGGACGUACUUUAUUCCCCGGCACCGAUCAUAUUCAUCAAUUGAAUUUAAUUAUGGAAGUUUUGGGUACCCCACCAGAUGAUUUUAUGCAAAAAAUUUCAUCGGAAAGUGCACGCAACUACAUUAAAUCAUUGCCACCCAUGAAGAGACGUGAUUUCAAGACCUUCUUCAAGGGUGCUAAUCCUCUAGCCAUUGAUUUGUUGGAGAAAAUGCUGGAAUUGGAUGCAGAAAAACGUAUUACAGCCGAACAGGCCUUAGCACAUCCUUAUAUGGAAAAGUAUUCGGAACCAAGUGAUGAGCAAACCUCUCAACUGUACGAUCAAAGUUUUGAAGAUAUUGACUUUCCUGUUGAAAAGUGGAAGGAUUUGAUAUUUAAAGAAGUUAUAAACUUCAAACCGCCACCAUCGUUUUCUCAAAUUUUACAAGAAAUUAAAUAAUUACUUUACUAACUAAUAAGUAGUUGGUUUUCGUAGCGAAACCAACAUUUAAAAGCAUAAAUUCAGGAAUUAUCUGUUUAUUUCAGUUAUUUUUAUUGCUGCUGUAAACUAAUAGUAUGUUGAAUUUAUUAUAAUUAUUUUUUUGUUUAAAUUUUUGAAUAAUUGCUCAAAAAUAUUGAUGGUAUUAUAUGAUAGAUCUAUGAUGGUGUUAAAUGCACUCAUACGUUUAUACGUAACUUAAAUAAUUGUUCAUAAAUGUUCUUUUAAUAUAAAUACAUACAUACAUACUAUAUAUUUUUUUUAUUAUAAUUGUCCUUGCUCACGUACAAAGUGCCUUAAUAUUUUACAAAAUACCAAAAAUUAUAAAUAUUGCCUUAAAUUAAAACGAUUUGUUAAAAAAAAACACAAAAAUAUUUUUAUAAUUUUCUGUUACUUGUGAUGUUUAUUAAAUGUUUGUGCAAUAAAGUUUUAUCUUAUAUAAAUAAAGUA